AUCUGAGAAGUGCUGCUAUCUUCAUUCUUUCUUGUUUUAAUUUAAUGCAUAUUCUGUUUUGUGCUUAGGAGCAUCUUCUAGAAAUUCUCCUCGAGCUAAGCCAUUGUUUUUUUUCUCAUGUUUUCCGUCAAUUCCUUGCUGAUAGAUUCUCCCCAUCAAACUUUUCUCUUCUGGGUGUUUGUUUUUGGGACCUGAGGUGUACCAAGUUUUUAUUUUUAUUCUCAAAAGUCAUUAUUAUAUUCAGACAUUCCCAUUUUGAGUUUUUGUCUGUUAAGGUUGUGGUUGGGAGAGACCCUUCUGUCGCCGCAUGAGAAUGUUAGCUGAAAGUUUGAUCCUUGGUGCUUAAUUAAAUUGUUCUAUUUAUGGCCAAUUCAAAAGGUCUUGGCUCUUUUUGAAGAGAAUAUUGCUUUUUACUAAGAUUAUGGUGUUAUUAUAUUUAUAUUUAAGUUGAAGAACCGGGCAAGGCCCUGUGUGCUUCUUGUUUCAGCAAUCUCUUCCCCUUUCAGCAUUGUUAGUCUGUUACCAUCUUCUUCUUAAUAUGGCUUAUUUGUUAGGCUAUAAUCCUUGUUCUCACUUCAGUAGAGUAUUUUCCCAUUAUCCUUCUCUUUCUUCUUCUUCUUUUGAGGUUAACAGAGGCAUUGGAUUCACUCUUAAAGCCUGCUUUGAAGCCAAUGGCAGUGAUAAUGUUAAUAGGGUCUUUCUGAAGGAAAAGAAAAGCUCUUGUGGUUUUGCAUGUCGUCCUCAUCCACCCUUGUUAGGGGAUUUAGAGAAGGGUAUUUCUGUCAGGGAUGAUGGCCAUGAUGCCACUCUUGUUAGUGUUGAAAAUAGAUCCCUAGGUGGAAGUCCAACCGAACCUUUUUGCUUCCCUGAUCAACACUUACCGCAGAAACUUGUUGUUGCUGUUGAUGUUGAUGAAGUAUUAGGAAACUUCGUGUCAGCUCUGAAUGAUUUCAUAGCAGAUCGGUACUCAUCAAAUUAUUCAGUUUCUGAGUAUCAUGUGUAUGAGUUCUUCAAGAUAUGGAACUGCUCACGUGAUGAAGCUAAUAGCCGAGUUCAUGAGUUUUUUAAGACGUCAUAUUUCAAGUCAGGGAUCCAACCUAUCCCAGGUGCUCAGGCAGUGCUGCAGAAGUUAUCAAGAUUUUGUAACCUAUCAAUUGUAACAUCUCGGCAAAAUGCAAUCAAGGAUCACACAAUUGAAUGGAUAAAAAAGAAUUAUGCAGGAUUGUUUCAGGAGAUUCACUUUGGAAACCACUUUGCUCUUGAUGGGGUCUCCAGACCAAAGUCAGAGAUUUGUAGGUCUUUAAAUGCUAAGGUUCUUAUUGAUGAUAACCCAAGAUAUGCCAUAGAGUGCGCAGAAGCCGGGAUUAGAGUCCUACUUUUUGAUUAUGAAAACUCAUAUCCUUGGUGCAAGACUGAGUCUGCUGAUGAGCAUCCUCUGGUGUACAAAGUUAAGAACUGGGAAGAAGUUGAACAACAAUUGAUGUCAUUGAUAGCAUUGUAGUUACUAAAUCCUGCAGCAAGGAUCUGUGAAAAGCACUCUUUUUAGAUGGAGUACUGGACUAGUUCUUGUGCCUGAGAUAUCUGAUGUAUACAUGAAAAGGUGAAAUUAGGGGAAGCAGCUUCAAGGAGACUAAA